AUGCUUAGACGGAUGAUCAUCAAUGUUCUGUUGGUGACUGUUUUAGGUUCUAAAUUCAAUGAAGAUCUCAAACCCCAAACACGAAUAGUUGGAGGUCAGGAGACUAAUAUUGAAAAAUUCCCUUACCAAAUAUCGCUGGAAUACAACAAGAAACACACUUGCGGGGGUGCAAUUAUAAGCAGGAAUUAUGUCAUAACAGCUGCUCACUGUAUCGAAGAUGAUCUCGUAAAGGAUUUCAGAGUAAGAACUGGAUCAGAUUACCGAGACAGAGGUGGACAAAUAAGAUUGAUCCGAUGGAUCUUUAAUCAUCCGCAACAUGUCCCAGACAGUCAUGACUAUGACUUUUCAAUUUUAAAACUGAAAACUCAUCUGAAAUUCGACGAAAAAUGUCAAGCAAUAAAAUUACCGCGUUCGGAUGAACAUAUAAAAGAUGGGACAAAUUUAACAGUUUCCGGUUGGGGAAUUACAAUGAAUUCUAAGGAAUCUAAUGUUAAAUUGCGUGCAUUGGUAGUUCCAAAAAUUAAUGACGAUGUUUGCCGUAAAAUUUAUAUGGAUGUUGCCAAAAUAACUCCCAGGAUGUUCUGUGCAGGAUUUAAGGAAGGUGGAAAGGAUUCCUGCAGAGAAGAUUCGGGCGGACCUCUGGUCAAGGGAAAAGUUUUGAUGGGCAUUGUCUCCUGGGGAGAAGGAUGUGCUACUAGAGGACAUCCCGGAGUUUAUGCUCGUGUGGCAUCGGUACGCAAAUGGAUAAAGCUAGUCACUGACCUUUGAGUGGGACAAGAUUCCAAUAAAUUGUUUAAAGUUGUG